GCUGUCACGCGCGAACUAUCGAAUGCACAUUUGUCGAAAGCGGUGAAGGCAACAUCAGACCUUGGAGGAGCCUGAGAAGGAAGAAGGUGGCCGACCAGAGGCCGCGUUAUCGCCGAUCUUUCCGUCGGCUAGGGCCGUUCUAAAUUCGUCAUAUUUUCACUGCCAAGGUGGGAAGAGAACCUUUUCAUUACACUCGUCCACGAUGGCAGAGCAGAACAGCAACGUCAGAUAUCAAGAGCUGGUGAACGAAGAGGAGACCCUCCCGACAUCUCAAGAGGGUCCUGCCCCGGAUGCACCCCCUCCCUACAGUAGCGUUGCUGCAGCAAAUGCAGCUUUCUUUGAAUACAAGGAAGACGGCAGCAGAUUCCCCAACCCCCCAUCCUACAGCGUCGCCACGACUUUGCCCUCCUACGAUGAAGCGGAGAGAAGCAAGGCAGAGGCCAUCGUUCCCCUCGUCAACGAAACAGUGGCGGAGGAGGACUUUGUGGCUCGGGACAACUUUGAGGAUGCCGAUCAGCUGCGAAUAGGCAAUGAUGGCAUAUUCAUGCUCACGUUCUUCAUGGCGUUUCUCUUCAACUGGAUCGGCUUCUUCUUGUCCUUCUGCUUGACCACGUCAGCCGCCGGUCGCUACGGAGCCAUCUCGGGCUUUGGCCUGUCCCUCAUCAAAUGGGUUCUGAUCGUCAGGUUUUCUACCUACUUCCCUGGCUACUUUGAUGGCCAGUAUUGGCUGUGGUGGGUCUUCCUGGCCCUGGGCUUCAUGCUGUUCGUCAGGGGCUUUGUGAACUACUCCCGAGUGCGGAAACUGGGUGAUCCCACCUACGCGAGUCUGCCCCGAACAAGGGUGCUCUUCAUCUAUUAGGCCGAGAUGUGGAGGAAGAGGACAUGAUGACACAGCGCAGAAAUCAAACGGAAAAAGACGCCCCUCACGCAAACAAACGAUUUGGGGAAAUGGUUGACUCUUUGUUUGCGAUUCUAUUCACGGAAAGUGGUUAGCGGUACUCGUCCCUCAGUGUAGUCAUUAGUCGCGCAUGGUAUCUCCAUCUUGUGUGUAACAUUUAAUAAGUGAUGCCUUAAUAUUGUUUUGCUAUAAUUCCAAGCAUGGCUUCUUGGAAGUUCCAACAAGUCUUUGAACAUGCACCAUAUAAGCAUGCAACUCACUCUAUAGCGCCUCCUCAUGGUUUUAUCGUGACUGUUGUAUAGGCUUUCUUCACACAUUUGCACAGCUGUAAAUGACUGCGCAGUAUAGCUCAACUUGAGGCUUGAGGGUUAGAACAGUGUUUUCAAGUAAAGUUGAAUUAUUCACCGAAAUGAAGUCAUUUGGACACAGUGCAAGAAAUCUUUCCCAAUACUUUGUCUAGUGCAGCGUUUCCCAACCUUCAUUGCACUAAAGACAUAUUUUACUGCCCGGCUAAAGUGUUACAAAAAUGAGAUACAUGUUGUGUCCACACGUUAGAUGUGGUUUUAAAAAAAAGAAAAGUUCUGACCAAUGAAGUUAUAUUGGAUACUUUUCCUUAGCAGAUUGGGAAUGACUGGUUUAGUGUUAUUAAAUGCUUGGUUCUGUACAACUCAGGUGCAGCGUUUCCAGCACAUCAUGCAUGUUGUGAUUUUUGCCCGUUUUUGCUCAAUUAUAUGGAGGAGAGGAACUUUUUAUUCUUCAAAAAGGAUUUCAAAGAAGUGAAAAAUGAAUGCGAGAGUUCCAAUAUGCGGAGUCAUCUGUGCUGGGAUCACACAAACCCAGGUGAGAUUUUAGGAGAUAAUUUACUGCUGUAUUUACAACAUGCCAAAAUUUUGCUUUCCCCCCCUUGUGAUCUAGACUUUAUUUUCACAUAUUUGAAAUUGAGUUUAAGAGGUUUACUGUCUGGGUAAAAAAUAAAAAUUGAAGAAUGUUUUAUGCAGGAGCACUUUUAAAUGACUGACAAAAAUCAUUUGACCUCAUGCUUAAAAUCACAUUGUGAUCAUUUUUCUUUUCUUGAUUUCCACGUCAGAAGAUUUUUCCAUGGAAGCACAACAGUUUUCUUUUUUGCCUUAAUGAUUUAAACUUUACUGUUUGGGCUUUGAUGUAAAUUUCAAGUGCUGUAGAGGACAUCUUUGAGGUUUUGUUGUUAUGACUGUACAGAAAGGAAGAUUUGGUUCAAUAAAUGUCACUUUUAAAUACAA